AAAAAAAAAACCAAAUCUGUACGAAUGUUCAGAUCUCCAAUUAAAGACAUUUGUUUUGAAAGUCUACACCGGAAGUAGAGUGUUUUACGCUGACUCACUUGACGCUGCUAGCAAAACUUCAGAAUGGACCUGACAAGAAAACCCGUUAGUUUGUAAAGGAGAAACUGAGAUCGUCCAUGUCUUGUCCACAAAUAUCAGCCUGCAGACAAAGUUAUUGACAGCAAUGUCGAGAGAAAACACCACUCGAAGUUUGGACAGUAUAGACCUUGCGUCCUUAAGAGAUCCAGCAGGUAUCUUUGAGUUGGUGGAGGUGGUUGGCAAUGGAACCUAUGGUCAGGUGUACAAGGGUCGUCAUGUCAAGACAGGCCAACUGGCAGCUAUCAAAGUCAUGGAAGUUACGGAGGAGGAAGAAGAAGAAAUAAAAUUGGAGAUCAACAUGUUGAAGAGUUAUUCCCACCAUAGAAACAUCGCUACUUAUUAUGGAGCUUUUAUAAAGAAAGGUCCUGCUGGACAGGACCACCAACUCUGGUUGGUGAUGGAGUACUGUGGAGCUGGGUCAGUGACAGACCUGGUGAAGAAGACCAAGGGGAACUGUUUGAAGGAGGACUGGAUAGCUUACAUCUGCCGAGAGGUGCUCAGGGGUCUUUCCCAUCUUCACUCCCAUCAUGUGAUUCACAGAGACAUUAAGGGACAAAAUGUUUUGCUCACCGAGAAUGCCGAAGUCAAACUGGUUGACUUUGGAGUGUCGGCACAGUUGGAUAAGACCAUCGGUCGCAGGAACACCUUCAUCGGGACUCCCUAUUGGAUGGCUCCAGAGGUCAUCGCUUGUGACGAGAACCCUGAGGCCACAUAUGACUACAGGAGUGACCUCUGGUCUUUAGGCAUCACUGCUUUAGAGAUGGCUGAAGGAGCCCCUCCUUUGUGUGACAUGCAUCCCAUGAGAGCACUGUUUUUGAUUCCGAGGAACCCCCCACCCAAACUUAAAUCAAAGAAAUGGUCGAAACGUUUCUUGUCAUUCGUCGAUCGUUGUCUGGUCAAGAACCAUCUGCAUAGACCAACUACCGACGCCCUGCUGAGGCACGCUUUCAUCAAAGAUCUGGCUAAUGAGAGACAAGUUCGCAUCAUGCUCAAAGAUCACCUUGAUAGAACCAGGAAAAAGAGAGAGAAAGAGGGUCCAGAGUAUGAGUACAGUGGCAGUGAAGAAGAAGAGGAUGAGAUGACAGAGGAGGAAGGAGAACCCAGCUCUAUAGUGAAUGUUCCUGGCGAGUGGACUUUAAGACGAGAGUUUCUUCGUUUACAAACAGAAGAUCGCGAAGGGGGCAUCGAGGGAGGCCGCGGAGGAGGUGGAGCUCAACAAAGGCAACAGGCAUUACAGCAGCACAGGCAGCAGUUGGCAGAGCAGGAACGAUACAAGCAGCAGUUACUGGCUGACAGACAGAAGAGGAUCCAACAGCAACAUGAGCAACGCCAAAAGUUAGAGGAUCAGCAGAGACGGCAGCUGUCAGAGUGUGCCUUUCAGUGGGCCGACCUUCAAGAGAUCUCACCUGGAGAGGAGUUUGAUGAGCAUGACAACCAUAUCUUUCUGGAUGAGAGGAACAGGUGGAGCAACAGGAGACAGGACCAUGCAGGCAGACAGAGGAGUGCUGAUGUGUCAGACUCAGUAAGGCCUCUGGACUCCACUACAGACCAGAGAGCCGUGGCUCCAAACCAGCUGCUUCAGCACAGGGCCCAGCUCUCACAGCCUCAGCUACAGCCGCAAGCCAAGCCCCAGCCUCUGGCUCAGCAUCAGCAGCCUUCAGCGGGCAGGAGAUCCCACCGCACUCUGCCCAAGGACCAAACCCAGCUCCUGUCUCUGCAGCACGACCACAGACAUAGGGAGAGAGAGAGGGAGAGAGAGAGGCAGAGGCAGAGAGAAAAGUCUGUGCCAGCUGUCCAGAAGCUAACAGCUAAUAGUGGGAACACAGCUGUUGUUGCUCCUGCUGCUGCUGCUUCUUCGCCCAGCUGCGCUGCAAACAGCCAACGCUCUGCGAUGGACUUCCAAGAAUCAAACCUAGCCAGGCUGCUCUUGGCUGCUGGUCUACCCAGUCAGGUGCACUCUAGACUGGGCUCUGGGAGCAGCUCUAGUCCUUGUACUCCAGCCAUGCAGAGAGCUCACCUUAGCCAGAAUGCCAAUCUACGCUCAAGUCGAGACGCCCCACACAGCAGCUCUAUGUCAGACAUGGCCAUCUCGCCCUUGUCACCGUUUAGCCCCCUAUCUCCAACUGAUGACGUCUUCUGGGACCCCGUUGAGAUGCCACCUAAGGUCCCAGAGCGCACUACCUCGAAGUUCUACUGUCGAGAGCUGGUGAUGGGACACAAGAGGGCCGCUUCAAGUGGCAGUCCAGUGUCUGUAGCAGAUAAGGGCGGGCGAUCUGUGUUUCAAGGAGUCUCCUCCACCAGCAGCAACCACACAGGUUAUUUCAAACUGGAGAGUCCUUUGCUACAGCAUCGUCUAGAGCAGCACAGGAAGGCACAAGAGAAUGUAACCAGUGGACACACACAAGCUGUAAGAUCUGCUCUGGGUCGGCUUAACAAGGCCACAGAAUAUUCCUCUUCCAGUGAUGAGGUUGGCAGUAGUGAUGAUGAAGAGAGGAGCAGGUCUGGCCUGUCUAAUGGAAAGGGGAAAUACUACAGAGGAAUACCUGAUGGCAUCGUACUGCAACCUCACCACAAUCUUAACCAGAUUGCUCGGAUAGGUUCAGAUGAUACCUCCCUGCUGCCAGACCUUCUGCAGAAAACCUCCUCUUCCAGUCCUACCCAUAAUGUACUGGGUCAGCAGCAACGACCGCGUGAACUGACCUACCCGCAGUCGCCCACAACCCCUCAGUCCCCCACACACCAAGAAAUACUUGCUGUCAGCAGUCCUGCUGGUAAAAACACCUCCACAUCUUCCUCUUCCUCCUUCCUGUCCUUCAUCGAUCCAAGACUGAUCCCCGUAUCAUCACCACCACAGAGCCCCACAGGCAGUAAGGGUGAGCCAAUCAAGAGAGAGAACCACAGGAAGGGUUCUGUGGUGAAUGUAAACCCAACCAACAUUCGACCACAGAGUGACACUCCGGAGAUCCGCAAGUACAAGAAGAAAUUCAACACAGAGGUUCUCUGUGCUGGACUAUGGGGUGUGAAUCUGUUGGUCGGGACAGAGAAUGGCCUGUGGCUGCUGGAUCGAAGUGGUCAGGGGAAGGUCUACUCCCUCAUCAGCAGGCGAAGGUUUCAGCAAAUGGAUGUGUUGGAAGGACUCAAUGUCCUGAUCACUAUAUCAGGUAAAAAGAACAAGCUGCGUCUGUACUACCUGUCCUGGUUAAGGAACAAAAUCCUACACAACGACCCAGAGGUGGAGAAGAGACAGGGUUGGACCUCAGUGGGUGACCUAGAGGGCUGUGUACACUAUAAAGUUGUGCGUUACGAGAAAAUCAAGUUCUUGGUGAUUGCUUUGAAGAAUGCUGUGGAGGUGUACGCCUGGGCACCAAAACCAUACCACAAAUUCAUGGCCUUCAAGUCAUUCAGGUCUCUGCCUCAAAAACCACUAUCUGUCGACCUGACGGUGGAGGAAGGUCAGCGGUUAAAGGUGAUCUACGGCUCCGUGUCAGGGUUCCACGCCAUUGAUGUUGACUCUGGAACACCUUAUGAUCUCUACCUGCCUACGCAUAUCCAGGGUUCCAUUCAUCCCCAUGCCAUCAUCAUUUUGCCAAACAGCGCUGGAACAGAAGUUCUGGUUUGCUAUGAGGACGAGGGCGUCUACAUUGACACCUACGGCCGCAUCACCAAGGAUACAGUGCUGCAGUGGGGGGAGAUGCCUGCAUCAGUUGCCUACCUCCAGUCUAACCAGGUGAUGGGCUGGGGAGAAAAGGCCAUAGAGCUGAGGUCAGUCAACACAGGGAACCUGGAGGGAGUUUUCAUGCACAAAAAGGCCCAGAAACUCAAGUUCCUGUGUGAAAGGAAUGACAAGGUCUUCUUUGCCUCAGUGCAGUCAGGAGGCAGCAGUCAGAUUUACUUCAUGACUCUUGGACAGAACUCACUGUUCAGCUGGUAACAACUGGACCUGCUACUCUGGGAUCGAUUGGUGGGCUCUGCCUUCGUCAUUUUGGGUUAGCGUGGUGACGUCUUUUUAUUUUUGUGCUGACUGAUGUUUAUCUCCAUGGAUACCAUGCAAGUUAUUGUCUUUUUCUGGAUCCAUGACUCCAUCUAGUUUGCAUGUAAAUGCACUUGAAAUCACAGCUGAGUUGAUCAUAACCCCGGCUGCAGCAAAGAUGCUUGAAUCUUUCACUCUUUCCUUGAAUAAUGAUGCCUGAGUCAUCUUUACUUUAGUUGCAGCAACACAAUAAUCUGAAUCUGAAGUUCAGGGAAAAGGAGCUUUAGUUCACUGCCACCUCACCCAGCAGUGGAAGCCUCUGUAAUGUGAAAAGCACAACAAGCAUUUUCUCAUCUCUUAAUUCCAGAGUUACCUGGAGUCUUUCCCAGUAGGAUUCAGCCCUCUAGCAAUCACUGCACCAGUAUGGCAGAAAUCAACAUUCAAUUUGCUUCCAGUUUGAUUCAGUGGAUUGUGUGGUGAUUCCUAAUGAACACCAGAUCAUUAGUCAACACCUGGCUUCAACACCCUGUUCCUCCUCUCACCUGUCAGCACUGGAGACCACAGCAAACCACGUUCACGAUUCAACUCAUCUCUCCAGGAUCACUUAUUAUCCCUUCUUUUCUUUCUCUGAUGGACUCUUUUGUAUCAGUUACUCAGCUAAUAAUGUGUAGAAGCUCACUCACGUUUGCUUUUAAUAACGUCUGGCUGUGGAGUAUUAAUGGAUCAACUGCUCUGUUUUCAUCUGAUGAGGUAAAGUCUUUAUUAGUGGAUAAUUAUUGUCAGAAUGCAGACUGGGGCAAUUAUGGUUCCUUCUCAUUUGUCUGGUUUGUCUUCAUGGAAGCAGAAUAUAUGUUAAAAGGAGUGAAACUAAUAGAACACAAGUCCUUGAUAAAGCUCAUUCGUUCCACAGGCAUCAUCUGGGCAUUUCAAAGACUGGGUUGGAGGCCAAAGUGUCAACUAAGGGGGACAGCUUUUGUGUGUCAUUCCAUGCUUUGUUGUUAUUUCUUGCCAUUUUUUUUCUAAUGAUUCCCCUUUAAUUAAUUUUCAGGUCCAUGAAGUAUUAUGUUGUGUAUCUCCAGUACCUCAGUGUUAUUUAUGAAGGCCUUUAGUACUGUUUAGUUUUCUUCUUCACAGCUAUUAGUAUGUAUCCAGGACUGACACAAAUUAAUCAGUUACUGUAAAGAAUCUUCAUUGUGUUGCUUUUCACAUAGCGUUAUCAGACAGCAUUAUAUUGCACACUAUCAGAUAUUAUAUUAUUGAAAGAAGUGUUGUUUUUUUUCUUUGCAAUUUUUUAGAGUGACAGAAAGUAAGUGUAUCACCUCACACAUCAUAGAUUCAAUUGGUUAUGUUAAACUGUGUCUUUAGCUGUAAAUAUACUGUCCAUGCUAACCUUAUAGUAUGACCAAAUGUCAGAAUGGAAUGAGAGCCAUGAAGAUAUAGUUCAUAAAUUCGUUUUAUCCAUAGUAAUGAACUGGAACUCACCAAUUAGGCAAAAAUAUCUCUUGGGAUACUUUCUGCAUUGCAUACUUUGCAUUAAAAUGAUUUGAGUAUAUUUUAGUAGCCCACCAGUCCUCUAAGGUCCCAGUUUGAGCAUUUACUCCACCACAGAUCUGGACCGUGUAAGUUUAGUCAUAUUAUUUCAUAUUAAGGACCUUAUACUUUGCUGUGGGGAUUUCAGUUGUAAUUUACAGCAAAAAUGUGUGCAAGUAGAGAUACAAACUACUCCACAGUAACAGGAUAGGAAUGCUUUUCUGCAUCAGUUUUGUACAGCUUAAGGUGUAUAUAAUCUUGUAAGAUGCACUGUUUUCUAAAUAUUUUAUAAUUGACAAGCCAUCUCUAUGUAUGUGUACAGAAUGAAAUUCUUAUGAAUGUGAAAUUCCAUCCCAGAUCAGAGUUUGUUAUUUCCUUGAUUUUUGGAAGUUCAGUGUUUGUGAACAUGAACAUGAGCUACUGACAGUGAACUUGAAGGCUCCUGUUCAGGUUUGCCAACCUGGUUAAAUAAUGUAUUACGUGGAUUCUGUUUUAUGGUUGAUUUUCUGCUAACAUGUAUAAGUUAGGCUCGUUGCACAAUUGCCAUCUUGUACAUGUUCUCUGUGAUAUAUUCUACCUUGAUUUUUUUUUGUUAUUGUUGAUUGAAAGUGGAAACAUUUAAAGCCAUUCUGUAGUCAGUACUGAAGAUAUAAGUGAUACCUUUCGACUUAGAACAGUAUUUCUUACACUACCCAACAUGGGACACAUGUGUUUUUGAUGGGUCGAUUUUUUAUUUUAUUUUUUUUGUUACAUUUUGUUGAGCCUGAAAUAAUUGAAAAUGCCCUGAUGUGUAGUAUUUGUUCUGAUUUCCUUAAUAUUUUUGUCAUUUGCACAUUGAACUUCAAAGCAAAAAACCAAAGAUAGAGACUUUGAUAUCAUGGCUUCUUUGAAUCUGAAUAUCUGAAUAGAUAAUUUACAGAUCACAGUUGACUAUUUCAUUUGGAAAGAUGAUUAAAAAUGCAGAUAAAAACAUCAUCUGCAUUUGAAAACUUAAUUAGUUCAAGGUAUAUUUGUCAUUAUAUGACAUAUACAAAUAUACCAACUAGACCAACGCAUUAUAUACAUCAUCAUCUAGGAAUGAUGUAUCAUGGUAAAUUGCAACAAAAUAUAUGCAAUUUAAUGUUGCUAGUGUUCAUAUAUUUAAUAACUCAUAUGUAUGCUUUAAACUCUUCUGGGUUUGGUGAAAGUGAAGAAACAAUUGUUUGUUACCUUGACGUUUCUGAUCCAUUUUCAUUAUAUCAGCUGUCUUUUCCUUCAUCAGAUUUUGCUCAAAUUGCUAAUUCGGUUAUAUUUUCUGUUAUUUUCUGUAUUAUAUUUACUCUUGAAUGUUCAGGCUGUCAAAAAUUGUGCCAAAUGUUUUAUACUCAGUGAUACUUUGAGUUUGUUUUUAUUAUGAACUUGGUAGAAAUAAUGCAGCUGGUUCUGUGCAAAUAUUUUGAACUGGAGAAUUAACUCUUUGAUAAUGAGUGUCUUAUUGCUAAGUUGCUGUCAAAUUUCUUACAGUAUUUGUUUCUGAGGGAUUAGAUUAUUGCUCCCUGAGACACCAGAUCGGACAGGUAAUUAACAUGGCUGCAGUGCAUGGAAAUCUGUAAUUGUAAGCUAACAGGAUAACAGACAUAGACUUGCUAGCUAUCCCAAGUGAUCUAGCUUGGGAUAGAGUUUCUUGUUAACAUUGCUAGUUAGCACACAGCUAAGAUAGAGGCUUGGCUUGAAAUGCCAAAUUAUGUCACCUUUUCUCUUUCUAGAUCAUUGUUUAGCUGUGUACAGUUUCCACAUAAGAUUUAAAAAUGACCCAUAAAUAUUUCACAUAGAUACAGACUGUAUACUGUCAAGUGUCUCCGUCCGCCCGUAGCACUGGUCAAGUGUUUUAAUAUAUAAAAUGGCAAAAGCAUUUUUAAACAUUAAUUCAAGACACGUUUUCAACACUGGAAGUACUUUCAUUCUUAUGUGCAGCUGGCAACAACUGCAGGAAGGUUUGAGCAGAGAAUAGUUUUUAAUACUCAAUUUACAUUUUUGAGUGAACGUCAUGUAAAUUCACACAUGCAUUAAGAUGUUCUGUGUAUGCAAACCUUUACUUCUGAGAGCAGGACUUAUUUGGCAUCAGGCACUGUGCUAACACGUGGUCAGAUGUUUUGGCGGGUUUGGCCAGGCUCCUGAGCAAGACCCUGGCCAUCAAGAGUGCAAACAAGACAGGAAGCCAGAUCAUGUGUUCAGCUCUACUUUACACAUACGUGGACAAUGAACAGUAGUAAUGUAAAGUAGCUAGCCUGUAUUUGCUGCAGUCUGCUACCCAACAAGGUCUGUCAUAGAUUGUUGGUUUUCAGUAGUACAUGUGGUUCUAGUCAGCACAAGUUAACUAAUUAGUCCUUUCAUUAAUCAGCCUUUGAAAUGUUUUUUGUUUCUCAUUACAGAACAAAGCCAGAGGUUGUGAGAAUGUCUUUGCAGUUUGACUUCACUUCCACUUUUUAAAGCAAUAAUGCAUACGAUUGUGAUGCAAAUUUUAUCUGAUGAGUUGUAAUUUGGCAAAUUUAUCAGUUCAUCCUUGGCAUGAGUGAUACAUAGAUGUAUAUCAGUGUUGAAAACAGGUUGCUGUGCUUAGACUGUCAGUUUUUAGUUUAGUAAAAAGGUAUUUUUUUUUAGGGCUUUUGAGGACAUUUUUAGUGCAUUUUGUCUGCAUUGUACCCCUUAUCAAAAACCAUUCAUCAAAAUGUUGCAUUAUUUUCCAUCCUGCUUUAAGAAACAACAUAGACAUCAGUUCUGCUCACAAGUUACCAGGAGCCGGUGUGUCACACCUAAGGUUGUGUUACAUAACUGAGUGAAUCAUCGAAAGCUACAGCACAGAGACACGCUGAGGACAAUUUUGUGGGUUAUUAGAAGCAAAAUUCUCUGUCUUCUCCUGCAGUUUGUCUUCCUGUGCUGAACAUUUGACUGUCGCUGUGUCACUAAUGAGACAGAGAUCCGUGCAUUUCCACCCACAUCUUCCACUGGUUAAGAAGAUGAUAGAUUCUUUUUCAGGCUCGCAGUGACUCACAUCUCCAACUCGCCCACCAACUCUUAUCUCACUUUGUCAACACAGCUCUUUUUGCCACUGCCUUUCAUUCCCUCUGCGUCUUUCGCUCAGCUUUCUCCUCCUCUACCCAUGCACAGCUGUCUCGCUCUUGCUGACACCUUUCACCGUUAUCGAGCUCUUUGCUCCGACGUGUUUUUCUCUCCGCAACUUUCGUCUUCUUUUUCUUUCGUGUAAAGUGUCCUGUAUUUUUGUUUGUGUCACUUGGCUUGGAUUGGCUUGGAGUGGUAAAAUUAUUGUAGUUCCCUAAAUUAUUGAUAUCACCAGACGUGAGAUUUGAGAUGUAAUACAUGGGGGGAACGGAGGCCAUACUUUCAAAACUGCACUCACUUGAGGAAAUGACACAGUGUAAACCUUUAGUUAAGCCUCAGACCUCAACCUUAGCGAUACAUGUUGUGCCAUGUUGAAAGUGGAUCGAAAGUGAAUCACUUUUGUGAAGUAGUGUGAAGACUGAUGCAGAGAAUUGUUAACGCAAAGCAGCUACAAUUUGCCACUUGUAACCAAGAAGUGGCAGUUACAGGAUAAAGUUAAAUGCAAACACACAGCUUAACGGCAGCACAGAUAAUGGAGUCUUAUUGGUCAGUGAACAGUCAUUUGCUACCAUUAGAUACCUUUAUUGAUUAUUAAUCCAACUUUUAAUUUAAAGGAGAACAAAUGUGUUAUUUCUUGUUUUAGAGGUUACAUAGUUUUCCUUUAAGCACUGCAAUUGUUAUUUCUCAGCCUGUUUGUGAGUUAAAGUCUGUCGAUGAGCUCCGUGAUUCUAAAGAAAGUGUGUGUUUGUGUGGGAGGGCAUGAUGUAGACUGGGAGCAGUGUUUAGGAAGCAGGAAUUCAGUCUGUGAAGGAUGGAGUUUGAGGAGGUAGUCGGUGGCUUAAGUCAAGUGUCAGGUAAUAGAAGGAACAUGGACGUUGCUUUAAAACCCAAAUGCACAAAUGAAAAAGUUUGAAGAGCCUCAUUUAAAUAAAAUAUUUAUUAAUUAUUGUUGUAGCCUAAAAUAAUCCUUGAUAUCGAAUAAGACAAAAAUGCCGUUUGAGUCAAUAGUGGGCCAGCAUUUCAACAGAGGCAGCAAACUGCAUGUGCGGAUUGAACAUUUAGAUGGUUAUGCUGUGGAGAAGGAGGAGGAGGAAGUGAGCUUGUGAAGGUGAUGGACAAGAAUUCUAAUUAACAGUCUUCUUAGGUUUAGAUUUCUAGUCUUGUUCAGUUGCUCCCACAAAUUAAUCUUCCUCACAGCACUCAUUAUAAAACGCCAUGAGGCCAAUAGUGAUAUAUACCAGAUUAGUAUUGUCUAUUGAUGAGUGAUAGUUCCCUAAAGUUUAGAUUAAGGUAAAUAUGUACAGUUACUGUCAAUAUGUUGUGGACCAACCUGAUAGAGUUACUUACAAAUUUUUGUCUAAAGAGAAAGAUUAUAAAAUACCAAAUAUUAUAUGGAUUUAUAUUUAAAUAUAUAAAUAUAUAUAUUCCCUUAGUCAUUUCAUUUCUAUACCUUUUUUUACAGUUGAUCUUUUGUUUUAUUUUUUUUUUUUUUUGCACUGGAUUUAUGUUGGAUGCCUCUUUUACUGUACCCCCACCCCCUCCCCUGAUUUGAGAUGAACACAUACCACAUUGUGUUUCCAUGUAAUGAGGCAAAAGACAGCGAGACAAUAAAUAUCUUGAACUGA